AUAAGCAUAUAUAGUCAGUCAUGAGUAAACAAUUUUUUUAAUUCUAAUUACAUUUUGUUGAUAUAAUUUUAGGUUUCAAAUGGAAUCUAAAUGUUACUUCGAUGUCCAGUAUUUCGACACAUUAGUACUCGAUGGAAAAUGGGAUGAAGCACAAAAGUAUUUCUUGUCCUUCACUAAGGUUGAUGAUCACCCUGUCUCGAUCAUAGUUCUAUUUCUGAUGGCAAAACACAAGUAUUUGGAGGCUUUGGACAGGAAAGAUAUGACUACUGCUGUUGACACAUUGAGGGGUGAUCUGAAGGAGUAUUCAAAGUUCAAUUCUGAUCUGUAUAAUGAGCUAACUUGGCUCUUGACUAUGACCAAUUUCAGAGAACACUCUGAACUGGCUAAUUAUACUACUCACUCUGAGGGAAGAACUAUGCUAGUAAGUGAGCUCAAGAUGUUGUUCAUGGCGCAUCCCAUUAUCAAGGAGAAGACAAAACUUCCUGCAGUAGAAAGAGACAGACUAAAAAAUCUGAUGGCUCAAAGUAUCAAGUGGCAGCAUUUCCAAUGUGCAAAUUCUGUUCCAGAUAUAACUAUGGGAAGUCUUUUUGAGGAUCAUCGUUGCCCUUCACAUGCCGUGCGUGGCUUUGCUGGCUUGACGAGCGCUCAGAACUUUGCUGGCUCGACGAGCGGUCAGAACAUUGCUGGAUCGACGAGCGGUCAGAACUUUGCUGGCUCGACGAGCGGUCAGAACAUUGCUGGCUCGACGAGCGGUCAGAACAUUGCUGGCUCGACGAGCGGUCAGAAUACUAAGAACCCGACCAGCAGUCAGAGGACUCAUAACCGUGAGUGA